CACCGGUACCGGGAAUGGAACCGGGAAUGGCACCGGGACCGGCACUGGGUUAUGGACAGUGGCUCCGGGUCACCGGGACCGGGGCAGCGACACCGGCUCCGGGUCACCAGGACUGGGAUGGGCAGUGGGGUAACGGACACCGGCUCCAGGUCACCGGUACCGGCGCAGCAACACCGGCCCCGGGUCCCGGUACCGGCUCUGAUUCACUGACGCCUGCCCCGGGUCCCGGUACCGGGGCACUGACACCGGCUCCGAGUCACCGGGACCGGCUCCGAGAUAACACACACCCGCCCCGGGUCACCGGUACCGGCCCAGCAACACCCGCACCCGCCCCGGUCACCGGUACCGAGGCACUGACAGCCGCUCCGGGUCACCGGUACCGGCUCCGGGACCCCCACACCCGUCCCGGGAUAACCGGUACCGGUUCCCGACUCGCGGCGCCCUCCCCGCGUCACGGACAGCCGCUCCGGGAUAACCGGCACCGGCUCCCGGACCCUGACACCCGUCCCGGCUUCACCGGCAGUGGCUUCCGACACCGGUCCCGGUCCCCGACACCGAUCCCGGUCGCUCCGAACGCGCUGAGCCCGGCCCGGACACGCCGAGAGCGGCCCCGGGACAGGCGGUGCCGGUGCCGGUGCCGGUGCCGGUGCCGUGCGUCCAUGCCCGAGGCGCUGUCGCUGCUGUGCCGGGUGUCCGCGCACCCCGAGUCCCGCUGCUGGGCCCUGGCCUGGAGCCCCAGCGGGGCCCUGCUGGCGUCCUGCGGCGGGGACCGCACCGUGCGGGUCUGGGGCCGUGAGGGCUCGGGCUGGGCGUGCCGCGCGGUGCUGGCGGACGGGCACCAGCGCACGGUGCGCAGGGUGGCGUGGUCGCCGUGCGGGCAGUUCCUGGCCUCGGCCAGCUUCGACGGCACCACGUGCGUCUGGAGGCGCCACGAGCACGGCUUCGAGGUGGUGGCCACGCUGGAGGGACACGAGAACGAGGUGAAGUCGGUGGCCUGGGCGCCCUCGGGGUCGCUGCUGGCCACCUGCAGCCGUGACAAGAGCGUCUGGGUGUGGGAGGUGGACGAGGAGGAGCAGGAGUUCGAGUGCGUCAGCGUGCUGAGCGCCCACAGCCAGGACGUCAAACACGUGGUGUGGCACCCCAGCCAGGAGCUGCUGGCCAGCGCCAGCUACGACGACACGGUGCGGCUGUACCGCGAGGACGAGGACGACUGGGUGUGCUGUGCCACCCUGGAGGGACACACGUCCACCGUCUGGGCCGUGGCCUGGGAGCGCUCCGGCCAGCGCCUGGUGUCCUGCAGCGAUGACCGCACCCUGCGCGUAUGGCAGCGCGCCCAGGGGCACGGCAGUGGCUCGGAGCACAGCUGGCAGUGUGUCUGCACCCUGUCCGGGUACCACGGGCGCAGCAUCUACGACGUGGCCUGGUGCCACCUGACGGGCGCGGUGGCCACGGCGUGCGGCGACGACGCGGUGCGGGUGUUCGAGGAGGUGGCCCCGGUGGCCCCGGGCUCUCCGGUGACGUUCAGCCUGGCCGCCCACGUGCCGCGGGCGCACGCCCAGGACGCCAACGGCGUGGCCUGGCACCCGCGGGAGCCGGGGCUGCUGGCCUCCUGCGGGGACGACGGGGACAUCGCCUUCUGGCACUACCAGCGCCCCGACGGCCUCUGAGCCGCACCGGGGACACCACGGGGACCUCCGGG